CAAACACCGACCGGGCUGCGAAGUGACUGAGCACAGCACAGCACACGACGCCGCCAUGUCGUCGACGCCCACGCCCUACAAGCCCUCGCCGCUCUCCUUCAACAACCCGCGCCAGUCGCCCUUCCGCCGGCCGGGCUCCAUCCGCGCACACUCGCCCAACACGCUGAAGCCCAUCACGCCAAGCACGUCGCCGCUCAAGCCCAAGGACACGCCAGAGCCUGUUUCCCCAGGACUGCUCCGUCCGUCCUCGAUCGGCCUGGCCCCGCAGAACCCACCCUCAUGGCUGAACACACGAGGCACAGCAAAUGCGCCUGAGCCGCCCAGGUCGCCCAUUCGAGACGUUCCCUCUCCCACACAGCCAUCGUUUGCUUCCACAUACCAGCCGGUACGCACCUCGAACACAGCGGCCAUUGCUGCGCGCUUCGAUGGCGGCCACGAAAGUGUGCCAUUCCAAGUAGAGAAGCACAUAGACCGCCCGGCAGCACUCUUCACCGCCGGCAGAAGAAGCCCAAUUCCACCCGUCGAGAGGCCUGUCGAUCAGCCCGCAGCGCUACUCAGUGCCGAUAGAGAGAGUCCAUCAGCGCUGUUCAAUGGCGGUAGAAAAAGCCCAUCGGCACUAUUCAAUGGCGGCAGAAAGAGCCCAGCAUUUCCAGUCGACGUACCACCUACGCGUCUAGCCACACGACCAGCCCCACUGUCGCGCGGCAUAUCGACCGACGCCGUGUCCAGACUGCCACCGCCUCUCCUCCACAGCAUGCGCGAGUCGUUCAGCGUCCUGGACCGCGACGACGACGGCCACGUGAACGCCGCCGACGUAGCCGACAUGCUCUCGCAACUCGGUCUCUCAGCCACACCGUCCACCCUGGCCACCUACUUCAACGGCGCUCAGUCCAUCAACCUCGCAACCUACCUCAGCACCAUCUCCGAGCUGAUGAGUGGCUUGUCGCGUACAAACGAGCUGAGCGCCGCAUUCGAGGCCUUUGACGACGGAGACGACGGCCAGAUCGACCUAUCCGAGCUGAAGGACGCCUUGCUACACACUCUCCCAGAGAACGGCGAGCGCAAACUGACUGAGCGCGAAAUCGACAUUGUUGUUGACGGCUUCAACGGGCGGAGAGCUUUUGGCAAGGGUGGAAAGGGGCUUGGGAGGGGGGAGGUGUUUAGAUACCAGGAGUUCAUGGCCAAUCUAAGAGGUGGUAGCGGGGGAGAGAAUGGCGGCGCUCCAGCGUCGGGGUAGGGUAUAUUAAUAAUGACAGGAUUGGUUUGGUUUGCGUUGAAGUUUUGAAGUUCUGAAGUUCUCGCUGGUUUGAGAUGCUUAGCAAUAUGACUGGCAUGGUUGACGAGUUGAACGCUUCCAACGUUGAACGUGUCGACUACGGAGUUUGAAUAUUAUUCUACAAUGAUAUCUAGAACCCUUUUCUUCACAGCAAAUCCAUUUUCCAG